AUUACGGUCCAUUGAACCUUCAGGUAUGCAGAAAAAUGCUGCAUAUUUGUUCUAGGGCUCAAUGAAUGAUACAUGGAGAAAUGCUGGAAAUAGCAGCGACGUAUCGCGGAGCUACCAAAUCGCUCCGCGCCCGAAGCCGGAGGGGCAAAAAAGAGCCAAACUCAAUCAGUCCGUGUAAACUCGAGGCACAUCCCCGGCUUUUCAAUCCACUUUAUGAUUCCCCCAUAUUGCGUCCCCAUGACUUGCCAUUCGUUUUCAAAAUCUUAACAUCCCUGAAGACGUCUUCUCAGCGCUAAAGCCACUAGAAUAUGUCUAUAAAACCCUCUGUGAACUCCCGGGCAAUUGGGUUCCUAACUGCAAAGACCACUUCCCUUUCAAUCACAUAUUUCCCAACGAGCGAAACUCUAUGGCGGCCAUCGUAGACUACUCGGUCAUCAACCCCGCCAAUAAGUGGCGCAUGCUGAGAGAACAAUGGCGCUUCGCGUUGUGGUCUCUUUGGAUAUCCAGUGGUGUGGUCAUGCAGGGCUACGAUCUCGUCGGUGGCGGUCAACUAGCUGCCUUGCCCCAAUUCCAGAAGAAAUUUGGCAUUCUGGAGGUGGACGGCAGUUACUUGAUUCCAGCCCAUUAUCUUUCUGCUUGGAGCUCCAUUGCUCCAGCUUGUGAGAUUGUCUCGACAUUUAUCUUCGCGCCCCUGCUCGAGAAGUUUGGACGGAAGCCUGGGAUUCUGGUGGCUGCCUUCAUCUCCGCGGGGGGUAUCCUCCUCCAGCAGCUGGCAGGUGAUUGGAGAGUACACCUUGCUGGUCGUGGCAUAAAUGGCAUUGCCAUUGGGAUGAUGUUCACCAUCUCUCCUCUCUGGAUUGGAGAGACCUGUCGGCCCGAACUUCGGGGAUUCUUUCUCUGCUUUUUCAACACGAGUAUUGUCUUUGGACAAUUUGCAAUUGUGGCUGUAUCGAAAGGGAGCAGUUAUCUGACAACUAAAUGGCAAUGGUGGCUACCUGUUGUCUCCAUGUACACGUUCCCUCUUAUUCUCGUGUCCGGGUGGUUCUUUUUCCCAGAAUCGCCUUAUUGGUUAAUCCGUCAAGGCAAGACAGCCCAGGCCAGGAAAUCUCUGAAGGAUGUGUACGGAUUCAAGGAUGAAUUAUUUUAUGACGCCGAAAUCAAUCGCAUGCAAUCAGAAAUCCGUUUGACAAGAGAUCUUCAAGGCGACAUCGAUGCGAAACACAGUGGCCGAAUUUGUGGUAUCAACUUCUCGGCCGAGGCCGAGUGCUUCCGAGGCACCAACCUCAAAAGGACACUGACGGCCAUCUUUGCAGCGAGCGCUCAACAGAUGAUUGGUGCGACUUUCGUUAUAGGCUACGCGACAUACUUCCUUGAACUCAUCGGCGUCAGUAACUACUUCAACGCCUCUGUAGCUCUAUAUGUUGUCAUGCUUCUCGCGAGUAUGGCUGCUUUUCCACUCACUGAAAUUGUCGGUCGCCGCACUUUGAUUGUCGGGCCUCAGUUUGCCCUUUGUUUUAUGCUUCUGCUCAUUGGGAUCAUGGGAUGUAUCCCCAAUCGAGCCAAAGCCAGUUGGGGCAUCGUUGCUUUUAUAUACGUCUGGGCUAUCAUUUACCAGCUUUCCAUUGGGGCUACAGGAUUUGUACUUGCAUCGGAGCUUGCCACCAUGCGCCUCCGCGGUGCGACUCAAGGCCUAGUCACUAUUUCGAAUGCUGCUUGGGGCCUUAUCAUGCAGUUCACUAUUCCUUACAUGAUUAACCCUGAUGCUGGAAACCUUGGAGGAAAAGUGGGAUUCAUUUUCUUGGGCACUGGCUUAAUUGCUGCUGUUGGGGGAUUCUUCCUGUAUCCAGAGACCAAGGGAAUAUCAUUCGAGAAACUUGACGAACUGUUCGCUCUGAAGGUGAAACCACGCCACUUCAAGCAAAUGGCGCGGGAUGCUCCUCAUAUUGCGAUAGGAGAGGUAAAAUUGGACACCACCACCGUCCAUGUUGAGCGAAUUGAGGCUUGAUGCUACGAGAAGACCGGGACAGGCUGAUUCUUUGAGGAUUUUGAACUUUAUUUUUUAGGCUUACUCUCAUUGAUAAAUGUAAUGCAACAUACGAAGCCGCCGUGUCACUACCCCGUCGAAAGGCUGAAACUUUUCGAUUAUAAACGUCUAAGCUUCGUCAGGGCCCAUGAAUGGCCCGAAGUCCUCGACGACCACGG